GGCCAAGAUGGCUGCACGGCGCUCGGCGGGGGCGGGGGGCGGCGGGGGCCUGGGGGCGGUGGGACGCUGACCCCGCCCCCUGCUGCUGCCAGUCUGCACCGGGCGGCGGCGGCGACCGAGCCCGGAACAUGGCGGCGGCGGCGGCGCGCAGCUUUGGUCCCGAGCGGGAGGCCGAGCCGGCCAAGGAGGCGCGCGUCGUGGGCUCUGAGCUCGUGGACACGUAUACGGUUUACAUCAUCCAGGUCACUGAUGGCGGCCAUGAGUGGACAGUCAAGCACCGCUACAGCGAUUUCCAUGACCUACAUGAAAAGCUCGUCGCAGAGAGGAAGAUCGAUAAAAGUUUGCUUCCGCCCAAAAAGAUAAUUGGGAAAAACUCCAGGAGCUUGGUGGAAAAGAGGGAGAAGGAUCUGGAGGUCUACCUCCAGACACUUCUGGCCACCUUCCCUGACGUGGCCCCCAGAGUGCUGGCCCACUUCUUGCAUUUUCACUUCUACGAGAUUAAUGGCAUCACUGCAGCACUGGCUGAGGAGCUCUUUGAAAAAGGAGAACAGCUCCUGGGGGCCGGUGAGGUCUUUGCCAUCAGGCCCCUGCAGCUGUACGCGGUCACCGAGCAGCUGCAGCAGGGAAAGCCCACGUGCGCCAGCGGGGAUGCCAAGACUGACCUGGGGCACAUCCUGGACUUCACCUGUCGCCUUAAGUACCUUAAGGUUUCUGGCACAGAAGGACCUUUUGGGACCAGCAACAUUCAGGAGCAGCUUCUGCCUUUUGAUCUGUCAAUAUUCAAGUCUCUUCAUCAGGUGGAGAUAAGUCACUGUGAUGCCAAGCGCAUCCGGGGGCUGGUCGCGUCCAAGCCCACCUUGGCCACGAUGAGUGUCCGCUUCUCAGCAACUUCCAUGAAGGAAGUCCUCGUUCCUGAAGCCUCAGAAUUUGAUGAGUGGGAACCAGCAGGAGCAGCCCUGGAGGGCACUGUGACUGCCAUCAUCCCCAUGUGGCAGGCGCUGACCGCUCUGGACUUGAGUCACAACAGCAUCUCUGAGAUCGAUGAGUCUGUGAAACUGAUUCCAAAGAUUGAGUUCCUGGACCUGAGUCACAAUGGAGUGCUGGUCGUGGACAAUCUGCAGCACCUGUACAACCUCGUGCACCUGGACCUGUCCUACAACAAGCUCUCCUUCUUGGAAGGGGUUCACACCAAAUUGGGGAACAUCAAGACCCUGAACCUGGCAGGCAACCUCCUGGGGAGUCUGAGUGGCCUGCACAAGCUCUACUCCCUGGUCAACCUGGAUCUCAGUGACAAUAGAAUCGAACAGAUGGAGGAGAUCAGGAGCAUCGGCAGCCUCCCGUGUCUGGAGCAUGUGGCUCUGCUGAACAACCCUCUGAGCAUCAUCCCUGACUACCGGACCAAGGUGCUGGCUCAGUUUGGAGAGCGGGCCUCGGAGGUCUGUCUGGACAACACAGUGACCACAGAGAAGGAGUUGGACACGGUGGAAGUGCUAAAAGCAAUUCAGAAAGCCAAGGAGGUCAGGUCCAAAUUAAGCAACCCCGAGAAGAAGGUCAGUGAGGAUUCUAGGCUGUCUGCUGCCCCGUGCGUCAGGCCCAGCAGCUCCCCUCCUACCGUGGCUCCCACCUCUGCCUCCCUGCCCCAGCCCAUCCUCUCCAACCAAGGAAUCAUGUUUGUGCAAGAAGAGGCCCUGGCCAGCAGCCUGUCAUCCACCGACAGUCUGACUCCUGAGGACCGGCCCAUUGCGCGGGGAUGCUCUGAUUCCUUGGAGUCCAUCCCUGCGGGACAGGCACCUUCUGAUGAUUUAAGAGACGUGCCGGGAGCUGUUGGCGGUGCAAGCCCAGAGCACGCGGAGCCAGAGGUCCAGGUGGUGCCAGGGUCCGGCCAGAUCAUCUUCCUGCCCUUCACCUGCAUUGGCUACACCGCCACCAACCAGGACUUCAUCCAGCGCCUGAGCACGCUCAUCCGGCAGGCCAUCGAGCGGCAGCUACCUGCUUGGAUUGAGGCUGCCAACCAGCGAGAGGAGGGCCAGGGCGAGCAGGGCGAGGAUGAUGAGGAGGAGGAGGAGGAUGUUACUGAGAACCGCUACUUUGAAAUGGGGCCCCCGGAUGUGGAGGAAGAGGAAGAGGGUGGGCCAGGAGAGGAAGAGGAAGAAGAGGAAGAAGAAGAGGAGGAGGAGGAGGGCGAGGAGGAGCGCCUGGCUCUGGAGUGGGCCCUGGGCGCAGAUGAGGACUUCCUGCUGGAGCACAUCCGCAUCCUCAAGGUGCUCUGGUGCUUCUUGAUCCACGUGCAGGGCAGCAUCCGCCAGUUUGCUGCCUGCCUCGUGCUCACAGACUUUGGCAUCGCCGUCUUUGAGAUCCCGCACCAGGAGUCGCGGGGCAGCAGCCAGCACAUCCUCUCCUCCCUGCGCUUUGUGUUCUGCUUCCCGCACGGCGACCUCACCGAGUUUGGCUUCCUCAUGCCGGAGCUGUGCCUGGUGCUCAAGGUGCGGCACAGCGAGAACACGCUCUUCAUCAUCUCAGACGCCGCCAACCUGCACGAGUUCCACGCUGACCUGCGCUCCUGCUUCGCCCCGCAGCACAUGGCCAUGCUGUGCAGCCCCGUGCUCUAUGGCAGCCACACCAGCCUGCAGGAGUUCCUGCGCCAGCUGCUCACCUUCUACAAGGUGGCGGGCGGCUGCCAGGAGCGCAGCCAGGGCUGCUUCCCUGUGUACCUGGUCUACAGUGACAAGCGCAUGGUGCAGACAGCCGCCGGGGACUACUCGGGCAACAUCGAGUGGGCCAGCUGCACGCUGUGCUCUGCCGUGCGGCGCUCCUGCUGUGCACCCUCCGAGGCUGUCAAGUCUGCUGCCAUCCCCUACUGGCUGCUGCUCACACCCCAGCACCUCAACGUCAUCAAGGCCGACUUCAACCCCAUGCCCAAUCGCGGCACCCACAACUGCCGCAACCGCAACAGCUUCAAGCUUAGCCGUGUGCCGCUCUCCACUGUGCUUCUGGACCCCACACGCAGCUGCACUCAGCCGAGGGGCGCCUUCGCAGAUGGCCACGUGCUUGAGCUGCUUGUGGGCUACCGCUUUGUCACCGCCAUCUUCGUGCUGCCCCAUGAGAAGUUCCACUUCCUGCGCAUCUACAACCAGCUGCGGGCCUCACUGCAGGACCUGAAGACUGUAGUCAUCGCCAAGACCCCUGCAACCGGGGGCAGGCCUCAGAGCCCCCCUGUGGAUGGCCAGGCUGCCGAGGACGGGGCCCGCCCCUCAACUGAUGCUCCCAAAGGUCAUCCAGCAUCUUCCUGGCUGAAUCAGGGACCCUGUCUUAUGCCCAGCUCAAGUUCCAUGCUCUCCAUAGAGACCCUUGAUGCCUCCAGAUGCAGCAAUGAGCAGCAUCUCCAGGAGGUCCCGGCAGAGGCUCCAGCUCCAGCCCCAGCCCCAGCCCCAGCGGAGGUCCCAGCUCUAACCCCAGCAAAGACCCCAGCUCCGGCAGAGCCCUCAGUGCCAGCUUUGGUCCCAGCGGAGGCCCCAGCCUCAGCAGAGACCCCUUUGGAGGCCUCAGUGGGGGCCUCAGCCCCGGCAGCAGAGGCCCCAGCACAAGUGGAGGCCCCCGCCCAGUACCCAAGUGAGCACUUGAUCCGGUCCACGUCGGAGGAGAAUCAGAUCCCUUCGCACCUGCCCGCCUGUCCGUCGCUCCGGCACAUCGCCAGCCUGCAGGGGAGCGCCAUCGUCGAGUUCUUCCACAGCAGCGUUGCCGAGGUGGAAAACGAGGAGCUGCGGCACCUCCUGUGGUCGUCGGUGGUGUUCUACCAGACCCCGGGGCUAGAGGUGACCGCCUGCGUGCUGCUCUCCACCAAGGCCGUGUACUUUGUGCUGCACGAUGGCCUCCGCCGCUACUUCUCGGAGCCGCUGCAGGAUUUCUGGCAUCAGAAAAACGCCGACUACAACAACAGUCCCUUCCACAUCUCUCAGUGCUUUGUUUUAAAACUCAGCGACCUGCAUGUAGUCAACGUUGGACUCUUUGACCAGUAUUUCCGGCUGACGGGCUCCUCUCCGGCGCAAGUGGUUACAUGCUUGACACGGGACAGCUACCUGACACACUGCUUCCUCCAGCACCUCAUGGCCGUGCUCUCCUUGCUGGAACGCACGCCCUCACCUGAGCCUGUCGACAAAGACUUCUACUCUGAGUUUGGAAACAAGACCACAGGGAAGAUGGAGAACUAUGAGCUGAUCCACUCAAGCCGUGUCAAGUUCACCUACCCCAGUGAGGAGGAGGUUGGGGACCUGACAUUCACUGUGGCCCAGAAGGUGGCUGACCCAGAGAAGGCGCCAUCCCUCAGCAUCCUGCUGUAUGUGCAGGCCUUCCAGGUGGGCACACCACUAUCUGGGCGCUGCAGGGGCAUGUUGCGCCCCAAAACGCUCCUGCUCACCAGCGCCGAGAUCUUCCUCCUGGACGAGGACUUCGUCCACUACCCGCUGCCCGAGUUUGCCAAAGAGCCGCCACAGAGGGACCGGUACCGGCUGGACGACGGCCGCCGCAUCCGGGACCUGGACCGCGUGCUCAUGGGCUACCAGACAUACCCACAGGCCCUCACCCUGGUCUUUGACGACGUGCAGGGCCACGACCUCAUGGGCAGCGUCACCCUGGACCACUUUGGGGAGGUGCCAGGUGGCCCAGCUAGAGGCGGCCAGGGCCGUGAGGUCCAGUGGCAGGUGUUUGUCCCCAGCGCUGAGAGCCGAGAGAAGCUCAUCGCGCUGUUGGCCCGCCAGUGGGAGGCCCUUUGUGGCCGGGAGCUGCCCGUGGAGCUCACUGGCUAGCCCGGGUAGUAGCUGGCCCUUGCCACCCGCCGUGUCUGGCCUGGUGUCCACUCAGGGCCGGGAAGCAGGCUUUCUUUGCUUUUUUAAAAUGUUUUCUCUUCUCUUUCGGUACCUUUGGUUGAUUGUCCUCCCAGAGAAUGUGAACAUGUGUGUUCAGUUGGUUCUCAGCCUCCCGCGGAUCUGCUGCCUGCCCCUGGUGCCGCGUGGCCAGGCACACCAGUUUUGUGUCUUCUUUCGUGGGACCGUUGUUAACAUGUGGCGCCGUGGGUCUGGUUUACUCUUUUACGCGUCCUUUCCCGAGAUGUUAAGUUCAGUCUUGUUGCUGUUGCUGUCAUUGUGGGCACUUGCUGCUAAUUAUGAAGCUGGCAGAGAAAUGCACAUUGAAAGCUCCCGCUCCAUGCAGUUUUCCAAAGGGGAGGCCUCUCCCGGUCCAGACAAGUGGGAGAGCCCCAUGGGGGCAGGAGUCCCCCAGGCCUUGGGGCUGAGAGGGCUGGGAGCAGGGGACCUAGAGCUGCCAGCACCAAGUGUGAUUCCUGUUGCCUAUUUUCUCUAUUCCAGUAAAGCCAAGUUUGACACAG